UGGAUGGCUGACUCGAAUUAUUGUGUGCGUCUACAGGCGGCAACCUUUUAGUUCUGUUACACUGACUGGCAAAUAAACAAAGUAUGUUAGUUGUCGCCGCGCGUAGUUGAGAAGUUGAAACGCUUAAACUGGAGAGGAAAAUAUCGUGAAGUGUACAUCAUUCCUGAAACAUCAGAAACGGUUAGUACCUUAAUCCGCUUUUGAAUUAAUCCGAUUAAUUAGACCUCUUUACGAUGAAGUCUUCGUCACCAACGGCUGUGUUCUGUAAAAUAUCUGUUCGGAGAAGCGAAAAUUUCCUAAAAUUUUCUAUGGCUUAAGGAGGGUUAAAAAUUUCUAGAUGACCCUUCCAUUCGUGUACAAUUUUCGAAACAUAUCUAAUAAUAGCCUGCGUGGCAGACGUUUGGACGGGAAAGGAAAGGGAGUUUUAGGCGCGAGAUAAACGCAAGGGCCGGGGCGAGCGAGGAGGGCGGGAAGGAAACGCCUGCCAGGAAACCAUUGUUUUCGCCAUCCCGCCAAGUAAUUAUGUAUGCAAAAAUAACGCAACUGUGAAUGACUAGCUGUCAAAUAAGUCUGACCGCGAUACACUUGUUUUUAGCUUUUGUUUUCCUAGAACAAGAUAUCUGAAGUGUUGGUACGUUCUAUAAAAAAAGUUCAAAUGCGGUCGUCCGUUGGAAGAAGAAAGUUGCAACGAUGCGUAUCUUGUUAUAUAAAAUCCAGCAUAAAUCUAUUUAAGUCGUUUGCUGAAGGAAACGUGCUGGACGUCGCAACUUGAAAGCAAUGUUUGUCUGAAAAAAACUUACAGUCAAGCCAGGUCAAUGGUCCCCUUCAAAAUGCCAUUAAUAAAUUUAUUAUUCGAAAGUUGAGUCCGUUGGCAGUUGUAGAUUUCAGAUUCAUCUCUACAUUCUUGCAUGCGUGAUGAGCCUUGAAUUCACACGCGAUUCAGUUACGAAAUUUCUACCAGCUCAGUUUCCCUGAAUUUGAUGUAAAUGUCUUCUAAGAGUCUGCAUUAUACACUCAGUCUGCAUUUUACCCCUGGUCCGCAGUCUGCAGUCUGCAGUCCGCAGUCUGCGUUUUACACUGACCGAUUCAUUUUUCAAGUAAUCAAUUCAAUGAUAGAAUCUUGGGGGGUACGCUUGACCUGUUUUGACUGUAAAACACUUUGCUGGCUCUCGAACUGGAUCCAGCGGAGCAUACAAGAGAACGCUGGUAGCGGGGAAAGGAGAGCUGAACUUCGAAGAUCUACAAGAAAGCUGCAAUCAAUUAUUAAAGUAAGUUCCUGGCGGCUUUAUAACGUCUUUAACCAGCAAUACCAAAAAUCGUUUUCAACAAUCUGGUCGUUGAUAGAUCUUGAUAAAGCGUAGCCUGCGUGGUAGGCGUUUGAGGUCAAACAGCAGAUAAAAAGUACACAGCUGGCAGCAUGAUAUUUCCUUUGUUUCUUCUACAGUGAGUAAAACAAGCCGUUGGGAGAUGAGACUUCUCAAAACCAGUCAGUAAAACUUUUCUAGCUGACAGAUUUUUUCCUCAUACGGUUCUUUUAACUGUCUUCUUAUAUUCUCCACUUCAAGCUGAAAUUGAUGCCUUCAGUUUCUACUUCUAACGAUAAAUUCCGUACAGACAUCUCAUCACCGCUUCACUAACAAAAUAUUUUUAAAUGAUUACUGAAAGAUCGCUUUAGUUACUCAAUGGUAGUCUUUACACUAGAGCCUAAAUAAGCUAAGCAAUAUUUCAAGACAAGUAAAUUUUAAUUACUUCAAGUAAAAUAAAGCUUCAGACACAAACGAUUCUUUUUUACUUCAGGCUAUUUUCCCACGCAACAAAAUUAAGAUUGAUUGACAUGUCUCGCCUUUCUCAAAGCUCAAGAAACCGCAAAACCGCAAGUCAGCUAAGUCGGUCAUAAGGAUGGUUUUCAAGUCGCUUGAAACUUUCUUGAAUCGUCUCAACUUUCCGACUUUAAUGAGAUGCAAAGCAAAGUUACUUGAGAUUUUACUUAGGCCUUCACACACGAAUUUUUGGUUAAGUAAAACUUAGCGGCUCUUAAGUCUUACUUAACAGCCUAGUGUAAAGACAACCAAUAGCGUGAUGUUGAUUUCAGCAAAUCGGAUUAAGGUAUUUUAAAAGGCUGUGAUUGACAUGUUUUGAAGACUGACCAAUCAGGAUUUUAACAUUCGCCUGGUGGAUGUUAAAAACGAGAAAUACAAUGGUCUCCUGGCAGGCGUUUCCUUCCCUCCCUCCGCGCGGCCCUCGCGUUUCUCUCGCGUCUAAAACUCCCUUUCCCUUCCCUUUCAAACGCCUGCCACGCAGGCUAAUCUAAUGAAUUCCCUACGAUUUUCUUAACCUUUAACUUUUUGCAUUUCACUCCUCAGGUUACGCCCUUUUUCGUAGAAAAAGGAAACCUAAAAUUUUCGGAUUCGAAAAUGCGAUGGAGAGAGGAAUCAGAAAAAUUCUCACUUUCGUAAAACGUCAAAUUGCAUCUAAAAGUUUCGGGAAAAUAAUACCCCAGCCCUUGCAGUUUCGAAAAGAUUCCAGUUCCCCUAGGAUGACCGAACAGAUACAAACUUUACAAAGUGGAUAGAAUGCAUUUUUAGAGAUCUUAAAGUACUCUGGAUAGCCUAAAAAGUGUUUUCAAUGCGUUUAGGAGGAAACAGUCGUUGGGUCCCCUUGCUGAUCCCAGUCCAACCUUCCGUUGUAAAUUGCACAUGCAAAUUUUCAAAUGUGUUUGCUAAAGAGUUUAGCUAUAGUACGAUGUAGUGCAGUUACCACACUUGUAUCGAGACAAAAAUUAAAUUCCCUCUUUAUUUUUCAGCCGUUGCGUUUUCCAGGUUUUCCUUAUUUUUUUUCUUCUCUAUCAUCCGUUAAAUCUUAUUUACACAUGAAAUUCUACUGUUAAUUCUUAUGGCACCGGGAUAUAUAUACCGCAUCUUUUUAUCACCGCACGAGAUUGUUGACCUCGGGAGUCCAUCUUUUACUGUUGCAAGCCAGUACCACUAUAGCCUCCCACGCAGGCGUUCGCAGUGGUAGUAAAAUGAUAGCGGAGUUCUCGCGAGCGCGAAGGGCGCCUAGCGGAGCAUCCAAGAAAUUUUGGUAAGACGUAAUCGUCUGUACGUCCGCCCCUUCAUGUAAGCUGAAGUGAAAUUUUGAAUUUCGAGCACCCCGCGCGUUUCGGCGGUAAAAUUGCGUUGCCGCCCGGACUUUUAGAGAGAAAAAAACAACAACAACCGACAAAAGCCGCGAGUCUUUAUUUCGACUAAAUUUUAAUGUCUAUAUUAACGUGGGUAACAAGGAAAGAGCUGGAGAGAGAAAUAGAAAACGGAUGGUGGCCGGGAGCGAGUUAAAAUCGUACGCAGAGGAAACGAGGGAAAAAAAACGAGGGGAUAGUGGGGGCGAGAGCUCCCUUUUUCCUCUCUAGUCUCUCCCGUUUUUGUUUGUCUCGACAAUUUUUCGACCGCGCUCUGCCAUCUGAACACCUGAAACAGGCUAGUCACAUCACGGUACUAAAAUGAUAUCGAGGAAUGUUCCAUCACAGUAGUAAAAUGAUACAAAGGUAGAAAAUAUUCCAUCGCGGUAGUAAAAUGAUAUCAAGGUAAAGAGGAACCAUGGUAAGUGGAUUCAGUAUCACACGGAACAUUUGCAGAAGUUCCGCCAAAUAAACCAUCACGGUAACAAAUAUUUUUAAAACAAACGGCGCGCCAUAAACACCACCCGAUGCGCGCGUUGUUUUUAAAGAGUUGACUGUAACAGAUUCAGUGAAAUCGUUUUCUAAUUAGUAUCUGUUCCCCCAUUCGUUGCAGUCAUGGACACGUCUGAAACCGGAACGGAGACUUCUACAAACAUUGCAACUACCACCCGACUCACAAACAUGCCACGAAAUCAGCAUAAAAGCUGCCGGCUCAGUCGCCUGGCGCCGCUUAUCUGCGUCUUCGUUGGCUGUUCAUUGACAGUUGUUGGUCAGGUUGCUUCGCAGAAAAGCUGCGAGAUUGCUGGCCCGGUAGUUAUUGCUAUGGGCGGACUACUUCUUAUUUUCCUAACAUUUUGGGAUUCAAGGAAUAAACUUACUGAUGACACUUGUUCGGGUGAAGGAGAGGUUGUGAACACGCCUCAAACAUUUUCCAACAAAUGCCUCAACAAUGAAGCAGCUGAUUUGGGCUCCAUUCAUCAUUUUGAAAUCUUCACUCCGACCGAAGAAUCUAUUACCGAAAUGGUACCUCCUUCAUACGAAAUAGCGGUGGUCGAAAAGGAAAACACUUCAAAAAAGCCGAUGGAACAAUGGGAGGUAGACGAUAAUGGACGAAUUAAAAAGCAUCCGACUCUACAUGCCAAAAAAUCCGUUCAGGAAGAAAAUUAA